GGCCUGCUGUUGGCCGCCCCCCUGUUGUCGAAGCCCACGCGGCGUUCCCCGACGCUGCUGAGCUGUGGCCAUAGCGGAGACGUGCAGAAGCUGCCGGGGCAGGCCGCGGGGCCCAUGGCUUUACCGAAGAUCGAGGGAAAGCAGGUUUUUUCCGACGAGCUGGACAUCCAGGACUUCAACGCAGAUCGUCGAGGGCACACGGCAGGAGCCUUGGGCUUCCACCAUCUUCAGAUGAGCGCCGCGACGGCAGCGGCGCUGGUUGGAAUGAUUCAGUCCCUGCCCGGCAAAAUGUCUGAACUGGAGCUACCUUUUCUGGUCUUACAUGAUCCGGAGGAUGCUAUCAGCCCUGUGAGUGGUACUGAAUUGCUGAUGAGACUUUCCAAGAGCAGAUACAAGGAGUUUGUGCCGGUGCCGGGUGGCCUUCAUGCCCCUCACUUCAACCAGAUCGAGUUCUGUGAGCUGAAAAUCCGGACCUUCAUGCGAAAUGCCAUCGCAGCUGAGCGCCCCCGUAUCUCGAACGUUGAGAGAAGCCCAGAGGCCUGGCCCGAUCCCUCCAAAGAUGGCCCGUUGCAUGGCCAGCUGGCCGCGGAACGUUGGCCGGCGCAGAAUCGCGUAGCGCCACUGCUGAGUUUCUGCUUCCUGUUGGGACAUGUUUUGAUGGUGGGUUCGCCACUGCUGCUACUUGUGGCUGGAAGUUGGUUCACGUGGUGCCUUGGCGGUUUGGUGUUGCUCUACGCCCUGCUGGGCUCCUUCUUUUUCCUCGAGGCCGUGCGCUUCGUUUGGGGUCUCCGGAAAGCGCACAGCCGGUUCCGCGCAGCGCAGCCAGGGACGUUGGGCAACCCCUUUGAGUGCCAGGUGAGGCAUUUGGUGUGUGUGGCAAUCUGUGCAGAACCUGAUUUCAUGAUUUUGACCACUCUGCAGCAGUUGAAUGCAUCUUCCAGUGCUCCAAGAAUGCGUGUGGUCUUUGCAAUGGAGGAGGCCACCGAUCGUCCCCUGGAUCGUUUCGAGCUCUACAAGCAGCAGCUGCCCAACGUGGCGUCGGUGUCGUACCAUAUCCACCCUGUGAAGGACGAGGAGGUGCGGGGACUCUGUAGCAGCUUGGCGUUCUCCCUGGGAAGGGAGGUGAAGUUGAUGAGUUCCAGCGAACUGGAAAGAUAUGUCUUGACGAAGGUGGAUUCUCAGGUCCUGCUACCUCUGAACUACUUCCCAGAACUCGACCGAAGCGUUCAGCAGCGCUCCGGGUGCGGCCCGGUGGUGUGGCAGCCGCUGCUGGCCGGGCUGAUGAACCGAAACAGGAGCAUUGGAGCCACCAGGGCCUUGACGUCCAUGCGAUGUUUCAGCUACCCCGGCAUCUUCGCGUUGAAUUUGAUGUGUGUCACCUGCUAUAGCGCCCCACUGAUGCAGUAUGUGAAGAUGGGAUUGCAUCAUCCCAACUAUUUGGGGGAGGAUUGUAUGAUGUUGGCACAGGCCACCAUCAGCGAAGGCCGUUCCGCCCAGCUGGCGGUGCUGCCGGUGGUGGUGGCCGUGGCACCGCCCUUGGACGCCAGCUGCUGGGGCGCCCUGCGGGAAGCGGCGCGGCAGGGGGCGCGCUGGGCCGCGCAGGUGGCCGAGGUGGCAGAGUUUCGGUGGAGACAUCGAGCGCCCAAGACCACGAUUUCGACGAUUUCUUGGCUCGUCAGGUACUGGUUCGUUCGCCUUGCCUUGAUCAACGGCAUCGGUCUCUUCGCCUCCUCCCUCUCACUGGCUGCCGCGCUGGCGCCGGAGUUGCCGGAGGUCGAAAAGGUGCUGCUUUUUUGGAUGGACAAGUUGAUGCUGGUGGUCCUGGUGAGUCUUCUGCUGAUGAUGCCUCUCUAUGAGCAGCUCAUGGCCCAUUUUUUCGUGGCCAAGGAGAACUCGUUUGUCAAAGCACCCUGGAACCAGCUAGCCUUCACCAUGCUGUCAGCUCCCGUGGCGAUUUUCACCAACACAGUGGUGGAUUUAUGGGCCUGGUAUCGUCAUCUCCUUCUGGGGAAAGCCGGGAUUGUGAUCCGUCAGCGGAAGAAAGUGAGCCUCGAUGUGGAGAAAAUGUGAAGGUUGUGAAGGUGAAUGUGAUUGAAAAUGCUGGUGAUGCAUUUCACUGCUAGAAGCCAAAGGUUUCUGGCUGUUUAUUCUUGAAUUAUUCAGAUUGCUUGAUGCCACAAGGAAAACUACUUGUGAAUCAACACAGGAACAUUUUGCAAGGUCUUUC